UUUAGCUUCACCGGUAUCAACAAAUUUGACACGAUGAUUUUAUUAUCAAUAGUUGGAAAUUUUUACAGAACUGUGCAGCGUUCAUCGCUAAAAUUCAACAGUUUACUUUCACUUUUACUCUCACUAUCGCUUUUUACCAAUUGCAUGGGCAUUGGGGAAGUUAUUUGGGCUGUCAACUGUGGGGGUGAGGCCCACACUGACAUUCAUGGCAUUAGGUAUCAGGAAGAUAAAUUGAAAGUUGGGAUAUCAUCCGAUUAUGGAAAAUCAUUGGAGAUUCGUAGAAUUGUGCCACAAGAUCAAAUUCUGUACCAAACUGAACGAUAUAACAUGAAUACUUUCGGAUACACCUUUCCGCUGUCCAAGGAUGGAAAUUAUGUGCUUGUUCUAAAAUUUUCUGAAGUGUGGUUUACUUCUCCAGGUCAAAAGGUUUUUGAUGUGAUGCUGAAUGGGCAACAUACAAUAAGUCACGAUUUAGAUAUUUAUGCGAAAGUCGGAAGAGGAGUUGCUCACGAUGAAAUAGUGCCUUUCCAAAUACGAGGCGGAAAGCUGAAAGUUAAUGGGGAAACUUCGGAUAUCAGUGAUGGGAAAAUCAGUGUAGAAUUCGUUAAGGCUGACUAUGACAACCCCAAGAUUAAUGCGAUGUAUGUAAUGCGAGGAACAGUAGAUGAUGUACCAAAACUCGCACCAUUACAAGGACUUGAUGGAAAUGUGGAAGAAGAGGAGGAGGAAGAAGAAGAAAUAGUCAAUGAUUCAAAACAGAAACAGAACAUCCGUCCAUCUGGACCAAAAGUUAAGGACCCUUACUCUACUGAUGAUACUAGCACAAUGCUCUUGCCCGUUUUUGUUGCUGUCGGUGCAUUUAUUCCAUUACUGUUCUGUUUAUGCAAAUUGUAGUUUUAAGCCACACUAGACUUUGAAUGUUUAACAAUUGUAUACUUGGAAAACUUACAUUUAUUUCAAUUUUCACCUUUUCAUUUUUGAUUUUAAUUGUUUUAGUGAUUCGUUUAUGUGUUUGCAUCUUUUUGAUCCUAAAAUUCUGUUGAUAAGAAUACUUGUGGGAAUUCCAUAGUUAUUGUAAUUGUUGUGUUUUGCUAUAAGACUAAUUUACUAUUGCAAAAUUUCAGUUGGUUCAUACCUGUGUCUGUGUGAUUUGCGUUAUCUUUGGUUUCAUUGUACUGGCUGUCUUAGAUAUGUUAAAAAUUCCAUUUCAUUGUGACUAACAGGAAACAGAUUUUGCUCAUGAUGUUAUGUUAGAUUUUCCGUUGUCUUGACAAUUUAAACAUUUUCUCAGGGUUAUCAAUAAGUUAGUUUAAUUUGCUUUUUAAUUAACAUUAUCAGCUUCUACAGGACUCGGCCAUUCAAGAAUAAUGUCACAAACAUGUUAAGACUAAAAUAAGAGUGUUUGAACCAUUUCUGUUAAAAAACUAGCAGAUAUGCCCUAAUAUUGACAAUGAUAAUGGAGAAAAUUGUAGAGCAUAGUGAAAUUAGUAGUUUUCAGUUGAGGAUUAGAUCACCUUAAGUGAUAGCUCUAGAUAAGUGUAACUUUUACCUUUAGCCUGCUAAAUUUCUAAAUGGACUGGUCUAUCAUUCAGUUUGGGCAGUACCAUUGAUUAUUCCAAGGGGUGUUCACUGAAAAUUUAUUGACUGAAUAGCGAACAGUGCAGACCAUGAACAGCCUGAUCUUGGUCUGCACUGGUCACUCGCAAUGGCAAAAUCACUGUUUGGAAAACUAUGUACUCAUUGUCUAGCUCUUUAACUUGAACUCUUACCAUGCUGGACACGUUUGAUUUUGCCUUUGCAACCAGUGUAGAACAUAAUCGGCCUGCACAUCUGUGCAGUCUGAUCAUGAUCUGCACUGUUUGCUAUUCAGCCAGUAUCCUUUUGGUAAGCACCCCAUUUAACAGUUAAUGAUACUGUCCAAAUUGGAAGAUAGACUAGUUCAUUAUAGA